GCACAAAUGACUAUUGGUACAGUGGCUUUAAAAGAAACGCUGAAGCAAAGAGCAUUGACUGGCCGUUAAUGAAGUAUAAACUAUAACAUAUUCCAUACCGAGGUACUCACACGAGGUAAAAUUACAGAAAAUAACUUAUCUCUAUAAACUACUCUGUGACACAGCAUACAGAAUGGAAACUGCACUCUUCUCUCCAUCCUCUCUUUUCACCAAUGAUGAAGAAGAUGAACUCUCAGCAGGCUCAGAUUCCGAGAAGUCCCAAACAAAUACAUUUGUGGAGAGAGAGCACUCAUUUCCAGGAAUGGCUUUGGUUGUUCGAGAAUUUUCUUUUCAUGAAGUUAAUGCAAACAUGCUUUGGCCAGGGGCAUCCAUAUUUGCGGAGUGGUUGAUUGAACAUCAAAACUUUCUGAGAGAUCGUCGAAUUAUAGAAUUGGGAAGUGGCACAGGAGCAUUGGCUGUGUUUCUGAAGAAGUCCCUUCAUGUUGAUAUUACUACUUCAGAUUUUGAGGACAAUGAGAUUGAAGAGAAUAUAGCGCAUAACUGCAUAGCUAACAGAAUAUCAGUUUUACCACACAUCCGACAUACAUGGGGUGAGGAGUUUAGCACGCAGAAUCCAGACUGGGACAUGAUAAUUGCAAGUGAUAUUUUGCUAUACGUGAAGCAAUAUCCAAACUUGAUAAAUACACUUUUAUUUCUCCUUAAAAAAUACACACCUGUGGAUAAGAUGCCAUAUACUACAAAAGAUCAAGGCAGUCAAAUAAUGCCGCAGGACCAGCAUAUGGUGGCAGAACUCAAAGAGAAUAACUAUGCCCUGAAAGAUCAGCAGCAACAUGGUAAGAGUUUUCAAAGAGGGGAGGCAAAGGAAGAAACAGAUGAGCUGCCAAAGCCAUGCUUCUUGAUGAGUUGGAGGCGUCGGAUCCCCAAGGAGGACGACACAUCCUUUUUCAAUGGCUGUAAAAAUAAAGGGCUGAUGGUUCAGCACUUGGGAUCUCGAGUAUUUUGCAUUAGUCUUGGAGAAUCAAUUAACUUCUAGCUUUACUUGAUCUGUUAAUGAGAAUUCAUACUUGAAAUUUUAAAUUAAUUUUUGAUCUGUGAAUUUCUCUUCUUAGCUCUUGUGGCUGUAAAUUCAUUCUGUAAACAAAGUUUAAGUUUCUUGCCCUUAAAAGUGCCUUAACAUUUUAAGUAAGAAUUUGAAAAUAGAAUGCAAUUGUAAGGCAAAGGUGUAUCACCCUGGUUUGAAGAA